UAGUUUUGUAUUUAGUAUUUACUGUAAUCUAAAUGGGUAAAUUAGCCUUGACAACUAGGGUCGUUUUCGCCUGUAAAAUCACCUCAAUGGCUAUUCAGAAUGACGUAUGGAGACGUAUUUUAUCAGCCGGACACGAUUUUUUUAUAACAGAAGAGUUAUCAGACUACAUUUUGUUGAUUGUUGACAUUAAACAUACAACAAUUAUAUUGACGUGUGGUAUUUGAAUGACAGGUAGAAUUAUAAAAAGUGAAACGCCGGUGCGUUUUUGAGAGUUCAUUGUUGGGAGGUUGGCAAAUGGCAUUGUUGAGCUCUUUCGGUGUGGGUUUUCUUUUUGUAUGGUUAUCACCGGAUGUAUAGACGAGGUCUGAGUUACUACAUCUUUUCUCGACUUGUUGUUUUUGGUAUCAGAUUAAGAACUAAACAUGCCUUCUGAUGCCAAAAAGAAGCGUGACGCAAAGAAGAAAGAGGCAGCAAAGCAGAGAGGACAGAAAAAGCCUACAAAGACAGAAAAUGGAGUUGCUGAAGAAAAUGUUGUUGAGGAAAAUGGAAUUCCAAAACAGAAUGGAGCAGGGGAAGCCAGUGGAGAGGCUAAACAGAAUGGAACAGAUGUUGUUGAUGCCAAUCUCGCUGCCGAGUUCGAUGGCCUUGACCUUGCUGCCAAAUUUCGAGCAUGCACGGGUGUGUUAGCGUCACAUCCUGACAGCAGGGACAUUAAGCUAGAUCAGCUGACCAUUACAUUUCACGGAGCAGAAAUACUCACUGAUACAAGUGCAGAGUUCAACUGUGGGCGACGGUAUGGGCUGAUUGGGCUAAAUGGGUGUGGAAAGUCCACAUUAUUAUCAGUCCUGGGCAACAGAGAGGUUCCUAUACCAGACCACAUAGAUAUAUUUCAUUUACGGCGAGAAAUGCCACCCAGCGAUAAAACUGCCUUGGAGGUAGUCAUGGAGGUUGACGAGGAAAGGAUACGGCUUGAGAAAGAGGCUGAGGAUUUGUCCCAUCGAGGGGAUGAUGACCUCAUUCAUGAAAGGCUAAUGGAGGUUUAUGACCGUCUGGAUGACUUGGAUGCUAACAAGGCUGAGGCAAAAGCGGCAAAUAUUUUGCGUGGUUUGGGCUUCACACAGGGGAUGCAACAUACUGCGGUGAAGAACUUCUCUGGUGGCUGGAGAAUGCGUCUGUCACUGGCGAGGGCUUUGUUCAUCAAACCAGCCUUGCUACUUCUUGACGAGCCCACCAACCACUUAGACUUGGACGCUUGCGUGUGGCUGGAAUCUGAGCUUAAAAAUUAUUCUCGGAUGCUGGUGAUGAUCUCACACUCACAAGAUUUCCUGAACAAUGUGUGCACGAAUAUCAUCCACAUGCAGAAGAAGAAGCUAAAAUACUACGGAGGUAACUACGACUCCUUCAUGCAGACCAGGUAUGAGUUGGAGGAGAACCAGAUGAAGCAGUAUCGUUGGGAGCAGGAUCAGAUUGCUCAUAUGAAGAACUACAUAGCCAGGUUUGGUCACGGCAGUGCCAAGUUGGCCAGGCAAGCUCAGAGCAAGGAGAAAACUCUCAAGAAGAUGGUUGAUGGUGGCCUGACAGAGAAAGUUACCAGGGACAAGACGCUGAGUUUUUAUUUCCCAGAAUGUGGUAACAUACCUCCUCCUGUGAUCAUGGUACAACAUGUUAACUUUAGAUACAAGGAUGACAAGCCUUGGAUCUACAAAAACCUAGACUUUGGCGUAGAUUUGGACACUAGGCUGGCUCUAGUGGGACCCAACGGAGCCGGGAAAUCCACUCUACUCAAACUUAUAGCAGGAGAGCUUUUCCCAACAGAUGGUAUUAUACGAAGGCAUUCUCAUCUUAAGAUAGGAAGAUAUCACCAGCAUUUACACGAACAACUCGACCUUACCAUGUCUGCAUUGAAGUGGAUGAUGAAGUGUUAUCCAGAUAUCAAAGAUGUAGAAGAGAUGAGGAAGAUCAUUGGACGAUAUGGGCUAACUGGACAACAACAGGUCUGCCCCAUGAGGAACCUCUCAGAUGGACAGAAGAGGCGGGUGGUGUUUGCAUGGUUGGCAUGGCAGGCGCCUCACCUGCUUCUCAUGGACGAACCUACCAACCACCUGGAUAUCGAGACCAUUGACGCCCUCGCAGAUGCUAUUAAUGACUUCUCUGGAGGCAUGGUGCUAGUCAGCCACGACUUCAGGCUUAUUUCUCAGGUUGCGGAAGAGAUUUGGGUUUGUGAAAAAGAGACUGUCACCAAGUGGGAAGGAGAUAUAUUCUCAUACAAGGAAUAUCUAGCGAAAAAAGUUGCAAAAGAAAAUGCGAAGAGGACUUGAAGGGAUUUAUUGCUUAAUCUUAUGCCUUGGAGGAUGAAUAUUUAAUAUGUGAUGUUUAAUUGAAACAAUUCUUUACAGCUGGUAAUUUUUCUGGGUUUUCCUCUCCCGGGUCACAAAUCAUAACUAAAAGCAUGUUUGGAUUGUGUUGAUGCACACUCUGUAAAAUAUAUUUUACAUUUUUUUCUAAACAUUGCAGUGAUAUUUUAUCUUUAUUCACAUAACAUGGCCGAAAAUUAAAGCUUUCUUUGUCAUAUGGUUUGUUUGUAUUAUAAAGAGAAUUUUUGGCCCCAAAAAAUGUUAUCUUACUAACUGACUAAAAAUUACGCUAAAUUAAGCUAAAACUGCAGACUAUAUUUUAAGCCCUAUUGCUUGCAUGUUCUGCUAUAUUAUCUAUGUUUGAAGACAAUUAAAAUUAUGGUUUUAACCCUAGCAAGUGAAUUGUUAGUGCUCAGCAGGGAUGCUGCUUUCAAAACCAGGAAAAUCAUCAGCUGUACUGUAAUGAUGCCAGUAUAUUUUUAGGGUUCUCGUAUGCUCUUUCAAAAAAGAGUAAUGAUCUCAAUAAAAAUGCUAUGGAAUUAUGACUUUCAUUGGCUCAUUACUGAUGAUGAAACAUUUAGGAUUUUUUGGGAAAAAAAAAGGUACAGCUUGUUUUUAUGAUAUUUAACUUACAGUUUAUUUAUAAGUUUAUAUCGUAUUAACCUUGUGCAAGAAGUACAUAAGACUGGAGCAUUGUAGUGGUUAUUUAUUUCUAAUGUUAAUCUCUGAUAUUCAGAGUUUCCUGAUAACAAAGAUGGCUUCUUUUUGACAACUGUGGAAAUGGUUUUCAAACACAAAUUGAAACUAAGAUCUAGUUUGAUGAUUUUGCCAUCUUGAAACCAAUGUCACUGUAACACUUAAUGUUAGUGUAUUAUCCAAUUAUAACUCUAGAAAGCUAACAACAACAAAAAAGAAUACAAAUCUUUCAGAAAUACUCCUUGGGUUUAUUACUCAUCAAUACUGUAUUAUUAUACUAGCAGACUGCAUACAAAAUUUGAUUGCCAAUAUGUUUCUCAGAUUUUGACUGAUCAAUCAUCUCUAACUUAUUGCAACCGCAUAAAGUUACAGCCAUAGAAUUCUGGCCAUUUUUAUGCUUGCAAGGUAUUACAGCACUGGGUGUUUUGAGACACAUGGAAGUCAACAUGGGAACUUAUUUGGUUUAUAUGGCAUGUUGCAAAUGCCUAUGGGGUUUAUACUAUAACAUAUAUUCAGUCUCGUUUAGUUAUUGCUCCUUCAAAGCUUAAAAAUAAAAGUUACAGGAGAUUACUCUACAUGAAAAAGUGAACUCUUUCUGGGUUGUAAAGGUGUUUUUCCAUCUUUUUGUCAUGUUUUCAGUCCACUUUUAGGACUUGGAUAUAUCUGUGUCUUCAACUUUUCUCAAUAUCAACAUUCUAUGAUGACACUUUAUUGUGUCAGUGUAAAAUUUUCUGAAGCAAAUGGCAAGAUUUAAUUGAAUUUAAGUGGUAAAAAGAGAAAAGGGAUACUUGAAAAUUGCUGAACAUUUAAAAUUAAAGGCACUGAAAGGGGAGAUAAUAGAUUCUUGAACACUAUGGUUCAUAAGGAAGAAAUGAGGCUAUUUGUGGAUGACUGGAAUCUUAUUUAUUAUAAUUGCAGUCCACCCACUAAGUUGAAUACUAUUUAUUAUUCAGACAGCAACUCUUUAACGUCACAAAAAAAUUUAAUCAGUAUAGUGUUGCAUAACACUACUUAAUAGAUAACAAAGUGCUGAGCAAGGGCUCGCAGGAGUUGAUAUAUUUAACUUCAGUGAAAUAAAAUUGCUUAAAAGUAACUAUUUAUUCGUGAUAAUGUAACUGUGGUCACUGACAGACUUUGUAGUCAAAAUAUAUUUGGUUUCUGUGAAGAAAUAAAUAUUCAGCAUAUCCAAA